AUGAUUAGCGUAUAUUGUGGAAUCGGUCGAACUGUAUGGUCAAAAGUGAUUCGCAAUAAUACAGCUCAAACCUACUUAUUCACUGCUGAUCAAUACUAUGCAAAUUAUCAAUUUAUAUAUCGCUUACCCAAACCAAUUAAACUCUACCCAGGAGAUGAAAUUGCAACACGUUGUAUGUAUUCGACGACUAGUAGUACUUCAAUUACCUUGGGUGGAGAACCUUUGGAAGAAGAAAUGUGUCUCCAUGUAUUUGUGUAUUAUCCAAAGAUGACUAAUAUGGCGGGAUGUGUAUCAAGAAUAAGCACAAAGCAAUGGGAAACAAUAUACAAUAAAUCAAUAACUGGUAACAUCACAAGUCAGAAUGAUUUUAAAACAUGGUUACAAAACAUGGAAUGGACACAAGAAUCACGGCAAACUUGGCAAGCAUUUUAUUCCACAGCUGAACGAGAACGUUCAACAUCAAAUUUGAAUUUGACAGGAACAUUUUUUAUUCCAAACUAUGUGGAUUUAAAUGAAAUUGAUUGUAGUGUACAUAACAAAACAAGAACUGCAAAUAACAGCACUAGAAUUAGGUAG